AGGACCGCAUUGAGUCCGCCAGCAGCGCGCGACAGCCAUAUUGGACAGUACCGGUACACACCUCUCCCUUCUCUUUCAUAUUACACCACGUUUUUGACUCAACAAGACUCAAGUGUUAGUGGGAAGUGGUCGACGAGGUAUUUAGUGACACCUGUAGCUCAAGAUCGCACUCAGGAAUGUUAUAGGCACUACCUACCUUGAAUCUACCUUCGAAGUGGUUCCAGGGAUCACCGACCCCAUGGUCCGGUCCCUGACCAAGCCUUCUGGUAGACUGCCUGAUCAGCUAGACUGUUGGUACUUGCAGCUCGGAAUCCGAUGUGGGCACCACAGCCCGGCUGAUCAGGAACGCUUUGAAGGAACGUGUCAUGUUCCUACUUGAAGACAUUUAGGGGGCCAAUAUUGUAUGUGGAACUUUGUCGAACAUCUUUGAGAAAACCAUGUUCAACACAUCAACUGGGAUACCUUGGUCCGUGUAGUUGGACACCGUUUCUAGAAAUACCUGGCUGGGUUUGGUCGGACGGUUUACCGGGGGCUACACAAGAUGCCGUUGGCAAGCCGGGCUCGGGUUUAUGCUGAUGUCAAUGCUCACAGACCUCAUGAAUACUGGGAUUAUGAAUCUCAUGUUAUAGAAUGGGGACAACAGGAUGAUUAUCAACUUGUGAGAAAGCUUGGUCGAGGCAAAUAUUCGGAAGUCUUUGAGGCUGUAAACAUCAACAACAAUGAGAAAUGUGUCGUCAAAAUUCUUAAGCCUGUCAAGAAGAAGAAGAUAAAGAGAGAGAUAAAGAUUCUGGAAAAUCUGCGCGGUGGGACCAACAUCAUUACACUCCAGGCUGUUGUCAAAGAUCCAGUUUCUCGCACUCCGGCAUUAGUGUUUGAACACGUCAACAACACUGAUUUUAAACAGCUAUAUCAAACGCUUAAUGACUUUGAUAUUAGAUAUUAUCUAUAUGAGCUCAUAAAGGCACUAGACUAUUGUCACAGUAUGGGAAUAAUGCAUCGAGAUGUCAAACCUCACAAUGUCAUGAUUGAUCAUGAGCAUCGGAAAUUGCGACUCAUAGAUUGGGGAUUGGCGGAAUUCUAUCACCCUGGUCAAGAGUACAACGUUCGUGUGGCAUCAAGAUACUUCAAGGGUCCAGAAUUACUUGUAGAUUAUCAGAUGUAUGAUUACUCUCUUGAUAUGUGGUCAUUGGGUUGUAUGUUGGCGAGUAUGAUAUUCCGCAAAGAACCCUUCUUCCAUGGUCAUGAUAAUUAUGAUCAAUUGGUACGCAUUGCAAAGGUCUUGGGAACUGAAGAGUUGUACGAAUAUGUUGAGAAAUAUCAAAUUGAGCUAGAUCCUAGGUUCAAUGAUAUACUUGGAAGGCAUUCACGGAAGCGAUGGGAAAGGUUUGUCCAUAGUGAAAAUCAACACUUAGUAUCACCAGAAGCUCUUGACUUUUUGGACAAAUUACUACGAUAUGACCACCAAGAGCGCCUCACGGCUCAUGAAGCUAUGGAACAUCCAUAUUUCUACCCUAUUGUAAAGGAACAAGGUCGCCACAUGAGCUCACCAACACCUGCUCCUCCUGCUCUGACUGGGGUGGCAGAGUAGAAAUGGUACUGAUGCAUCCACCAUUAAGUGGAACAUAAGUUAACCAGCCUUAUGUGGAACUGCCCUGGAGUCUGGGCCUUGCAGCUUGUGCUUUGUGAGUGCUGCACUGAUCACCAAGGGUCUUGUGCCACUUGACCCAGCCUCAACUUGUUAAGAUUUGGAACACAGAGCCACCACUGAUUGUAUAUAUUAUAUAUUUAUAUUAUAUAUAUGAUCAAGUGUAAGCAGUAUAUGAUGUGUGUGUGGGUGUGUAAAAUGGUACACAAGGGAUGACUCGCUUAAACAUCCUUAUGACUUUGAAAAUCACAAAGGCUUGAAACAGUGCUGAAUGAUACUUCAGGAAAUCAGAUGACUGUUUUUUGUUCAGUAGAACUUGCUUAUUAAACUAGAUUGUUGAAUAUGAAAGAUAUGCAAAUCAAGUCAUUGAUCCGAAGAUUUGUUUUGAAAAUGUGAUUCAUGCUUAAAGUGAAUCACUUGAUCAUUGGCUGUCCUCAGUAGUAUGGUUUAAUUUAAUUUUUUUUUUAAUAAAGCUCAAUUAGUUGCUUUUACAGUAUUUGAUUUUUGGCAGUGAACUUUCCUGGAUGUUAAUAUUGAUCAUGGACCAUUUUAUUAAUAUAUUUUUUAUAAAAAAUAACUAGCAUAUAUCUGCAGCUACCACUAAGACUGGUCUUGAGGAUGACUUAAGUGGACUGAUGCAACCAAAAUGGGCAGAAAAUAUUUCUGUAUCGGUGCAGUUAUUAUAGAAGUAUUCCAUGCACUGGAAGAUGGUAUAUCAUAUAAGGAUUAUCAUGCUUGUAAAUAACUCAUCUUUCAUUUGGACUAACUUAAGGAUGUUACAAAAUUUUUGUUGCAGUUUGUGGAGUAACAGUUAUUUAAAAAAAUAUUAAAGAUUAGUUAUCAGUCAUUUCAAGCCAAAUUCUGGUGAACACACUUUGUGAGUGAUUGAACUAUGUUCAAUGUAAGUGCUCUCAAGGAAAUCCCUAUUUCUUAUGGUUAUUAAAAUGUUGUAAGUA